AGAGCUUUCGACAGAGAUUCGCUCGGCUAGCUGCGAUCGGCGAAAAGACUUAAAUUGAAAGUCCAAACGAGACUCGGAUUCAGACAGUGUCGAGUUCUGUGACCGCCCAGACAGCAAAGUCAACAUUAAAAUCUAAACCAAGAUGUCCCUCACCGAGCAAUUCAACGCCGCCGCCGAGAAGGUCAAGUCCCUGACCAAGCGUCCCAGCGAUGAUGAGUUCCUCGAGCUCUAUGCUCUCUUCAAGCAGGCCACCGUUGGUGAUAAUGAGACCAGCAAGCCCGGUCUUUUGGAUCUGAAGGCCAAGGCCAAGUGGGAGGCUUGGGGCAAGCAGAAGGGCAAGUCCACCGAUGUGGCCCAGAAGGAAUACAUCGCAUUCGCCGAGGGUCUGGUUGCCAAAUACGCUUAAACCAAAAUCAAAGUUCAGCUCAUAUCCAAACUAUACUAAAUUGUUGAUUUUAAAUAACAACCAGAGAGACUAAAACUAUUUAUAUAAUAGACACUAUGAUCUUUUUAAAUGUGUAAUAAAAUUUGUUUGUAAACUUUUCUAA